CGAAAACGGAACAGUUCGACCGUGGGCCUGGAAAGUUCCCCAGACAGCGACCCGGACGAUGAGGAGCACAAGAGGCGCCAGCCCGGUGUCAAGAGGGCAUGCAACGAGUGUCGCCAGCAAAAGCUGCGAUGCGAUGUCGUUCAAGACCCCUACCAACCAUGCAGCCGAUGCAUCAAGCAUAAGCUCGAUUGUCGAAUCGACUCCAACUUCAAGCGAGUUGGGAAGCGAAGCCGGUUUGCGGAGUUGGAGCGGAAUAAAGAGCUUUUGGAACGACAGAUCCAGGAGUUGAAGCAGCAGGUUUCGACCAGCAAACCGACCCCUCCUCCACAGUCGAUGAGUCCGUUCUUCCCUCCACCUAAUGGCCCAAAUGGACAAUCGUCGGCCAUGUACGCUGGUCUGUCAAACUCGCCCGACCAACAACAUCUGGGCUCACAUGAGGCCGUGGCCUCGCUCCUCGACCUCAAGCAGGGCCUAGAUGGUUCCGCUGCUGGGUUCGGCGCAAGUCCUAACAGUCGUCUCCUGAGAAGUUUGGAAGAGGUAGUGCUUGCUCCGCAUAGAGUGAAUGAGCUAUUCGAAGAAUACUGGUCCAAUUACCAUGGGUUCUUGGAGCUGUUGGAUCCGGAACAAUCGCCUGAUUCAUUUUUCGACCAGUCCAAACUACUCUUCUGGACCAUUAUCGUCAUCGCCGCGCGACAGUUCGGACGCGAUCGAGAGUUGCUAUCGAGGCUUACUGCACCCUAUACUCGCCUCGUAUGGGGCUCGAUGUCGAAAGUGCCUCAGAACUACAACGUCGUCAAGGCGCUCUGUCUCCUUUGCGCAUGGCCACUACCGACAAGCAGCACAUCUACUGACCCUACAUUUAUGUUCUGCGGUUUGAUGAUGCAAAUUGCAAAACAGAUCGGUCUUCACCGGCCAUCCCACGCUCAAGACUUCACCCGGACACAUAUCAACCUCAAAGACGAGGACGUGAAGGACCGAUUAAAGACGUGGGCCUGUUGUAACAUCGUUGCACAGAAUAUCGCUACUGGCUAUGGCCAACCGCCUGACACCCUCUACGAUGCCACACUUGACUUUGGAGACGCAUCCUUUCAUGAUACCCCUUUACCAACCCAGGUUGCUCAGCGUCUUGCCCUUGAGAAAUUUUGCAAUCACAUCACAAAAACUCUCUAUAGCAAUGAGAAGCAGCCGAAUGAUAUAUUUGGAGAACGUCAAGACUCGAUCCGGGUGAACAUGCUUGCCCAGGCAAUGCAUGGCCUCGAGACGCGUCUGGAUUCUUCGACCAAUUGGCUUCCUCUUCACUUAAGCGCUGUCCGACUUCACCUCCGCCUACAUACCUUCUUUGACCCCCCUUCAUCUCCUACCUACAGCAGCGAUCUUCAGGAACUCUACCAAGCGACCACCAACUUCUUAGACGUUGCCAUGUCCGAUGAGCUCACGGGUCUUAAAUACGCCACCAGCUUCAUCAUGCAAAUGAUGCUCGCCGCGGGCUUCGCCCUCUUCAAGCUCCUCAACUCCUUCUUCGUCGUCAACGUCGACCGCGACUACGGCCGCAACCUCUUCUACCGCACCAUCCGCGCCAUCCGUAACAUGAGCGUCAUCACCAACGACCUCCCCCAGCGCCUCGCCGAGGUGCUCGUCCAACUCUGGAAAGCCAGCGGUGAGGGCUUCAAGUACGAGGAAGACUCCGAUCGCCCCCCCACCCGCCGCUCCGUCGACCACAACGUCCAGCUCAAGGUCCGCUGCCGCAUGAGCAUGUCGCUCCUGUACGACAGCGUGUGGCGGUGGCGCGAGGAGCUGCAGGGGAAGGUCCGCGUCGAGAGCUUGGACAAGGCGGUGAAGAAUCCCACGUCCCCCGAGGCGACGUCG